GAAGGAGAAGGGAAAAAGAGAUCGUCUGCAAAAGUGAAACAAAGAGAACCAAAGGGAAGAUUUACGGGUGGAAAAAAGAAGAAUAUAUGGCAUAGUGGCAAGACCAGUUAUAUUUUUAUUAUCAGCUAGUAUAAUUCGUGAAGCUGUUCGAACGAAUGUGUUUGACGUCAAAGAGGAAACAAGAAGAAAUGCGAGAAAAUGUCGGUUAAAAGUGAAACUCGGUGAUCCAAACUGGAUAAAUAUACAACGAAAGAAAGAAAAUUCGGUGUACUAUUCACGUUGCCUUUUAGAAGGUCACGAUCAUCAGUAACCGUUGCGUCAGUAGAUGGUUAAUCGAAAGUGGGGAACCUUCAAAAAGCUUGAUCAUACAGGUCAACACGUACGUACGAUACGAAAGAAAAGGAAAACAUAUACGACAAACUAAUUUGAAAGGAUCGCACGUAUGCUACAAUUGUUUGAAAAAACCUACGAAUGGAGCACGGGUGCGUCCACGAGAUGAAAUUUUGCGCACGAAUGGUGUACCGUUGUUAUUGUUGUGCAUAUUGAUUUUUAACGUGCGAGCCAUAAUUUCGAAAUUUAUUCUGUGUAUCAAAAAUACGUUCUUUAUUAUAUUUUUUUUAUUUGUGACUGUGAUUAAGAUGAAUUUUCUUGAUUGAAAUAUGAGUAAUACGGUGACAACAGAACCAUCCACACCUCUGGUUGACAUGACAUCUAUAAGUAUCAGUGCAUUUUGUGAGAAUACUUCUCCAAUAUUCUUACAAACACGAGCAGCUCAAGGUAUUGCUGGUGCAUUUGUUUGGGCUGCGUUAUUUUUAACUUGUCAACAGAUCUAUCAACACUUAAGGUGGUAUACAAAUCCAACAGAACAAAGAUGGAUAGUAAGAAUUUUGUUUAUAGUUCCAAUCUACGCAACUUAUUCUUGGGUAUCUCUAUUAUUUUUCAACAGCGAAAGUUAUUAUGUUUACUUUUUUACUGUACGAGACUGUUACGAAGCAUUUGUUAUAUAUAACUUUUUGUCUUUAUGCUACGAGUACCUGGGUGGUGAAGGAAAUAUUAUGUCUGAAAUACGUGGCAAACCUAUCCGUUCUAAUUGUUUGUAUGGAACAUGCUGUUUGGUUGGGAAAACAUAUACAAUUGGUUUUCUUAGAUUUUGCAAACAAGCUACUUUGCAGUUUUGCUUAGUAAAACCAGUGAUGGCAUUUGUCAUCAUAUUCCUUCAAGCAUUUGGCCAUUAUAGAGAUGGAGAUUGGUCUCCAGAUGGAGGAUAUAUUUAUAUAACUAUAAUUUAUAACAUCAGCGUAUCACUUGCACUUUAUGGACUUUUUCUUUUCUAUUUUGCUACAAGAGACCUAUUAACACCAUUCGAACCUGUCUUAAAAUUUUGUACUGUUAAGAGUGUUAUCUUUCUUUCAUUUUGGCAAGGGGUGCUAUUGGCUAUUCUUGAAAAAGCAAAUGUAAUUUCUCCUAUAAGUUCAGAUCAAUCAACUAGUGCAGGCACAGUUUCUGCUGGUUAUCAAAACUUUUUGAUUUGCAUUGAAAUGUUAUUUGCUGCUAUAGCUUUACGUUAUGCAUUUCCAUACCAAGUGUAUUCAGCUGGUUGUGUUACGGAUUCAAGAGGGAGAAGUGUAACAAUGCAAAGCAUUAGUAGCAGUUUGAAGGAAACCAUGAAUCCAAAAGAUAUAAUGACUGAUGCCAUCCACAACUUUCAUCCACAAUAUCAACAAUACACCCAAUAUAGUUCUGGAGCUCCUAAAGGACAACGUGGUAUGCGGAUAUCCAGCUUCGAUCCAGAUGAUCCGCAGAACAUGCCAAUACCACCACCACAAAAACGGCAUACCUCUCAUCAACGUGUUGCUACAAUUUCUCAAAAUUAUAAUGAGAAAACAAUGCUGUUGAGCAGUGAUGAUGAAUUCCAAUAGAUAUAAAUGAUAAAUUGUGUACAAAGAAAGCAAAACAGAAAGAGACGAAAAAGAACAUUAACGUUGGACUUCCGUGAAUCUAAUUUCAAGAAAACAUUAUAUAUACCGUUAAUUGAUUAUAUGUCAUUAGGUAGGAACUUAACUCGCUCACAGAAAAACAACAGAUAAAGAAACAAAUUGAGUGAUGCAAAAUUGUGCAUCACA